UCCCAGGACUGAACUGGAAAUAAAACCCUGACCAUUGCCCUGGGUGUCAUUUUACCAGUGGAUUCCUGCUAGAGCUUGCGUCCUGGGGAAGGUUUAAAUUAAACCAGAUUGCUUCAGGGCUCCAAAUAAUUUUUCACACUGGCCCAUGAUAACCAGGAGGGCAGCUGCCCAGGGCAAGUGUGGGCAGGCUGGAUAGGGCUGAACACCUGGGCAGAGGCCCAGGGGGGCUGUAUUUUCACAGCUCCAGAACCUCUGGGCCACCUGCCAACACAGCGUUGGGCAUGGUGGGGUCAAGGUCAGAUUGGGAGGAUCGUGGGAUGUUUGGGCAUGCUCGGUUUUUGACCCUCCCUGGAAGGAGGGUAGUGCCCACAUCCGUGGUCAUUCCAGGAGUGGCAAUGAAAGCCAGGGUUCGGGAGUCAGAGCUGGGGUUGAAUCAGAUUGCUCAAUCACUAGGCGACCUGGGGCAAGUGGUUUUAAGCACUGUGAGCCUCAUUUUGCUCCGGUCUGUCUCCUGAUUUAGUUAAGUGGCAGAUUUUCAAAAAUAAAAGGAAAGACCUUGAGGACUUGCCCAAGGUCACGGGGAGAAUCUGUGGGGGCUGUAAUCGCCCUCCACUGUCUCUGCUGCAACAGCAGUGAGGGUGACAGGUGGCCAAUUUGGCCAACAAAAGUAGCUCAAUCCUUGGGCACCAGCGUCUCCAGGUUGCUAUGGCAACUGAGGAGCGCUCCAGGAGCCACUGGGAAGAAGGGGAGGGGUCUUAAGCCCCGCCCUUGGGCACGCCCCCGGACAGCCUUUCUCCAUUGGUCGGGACCUCAGCCCCCGCCUCCCCAAGCCGCUAUAAGGCGGGCGGGGCGGUCUGGGGGUGGAGACUGGAGCCUGAGUCUAGGGUCCGCCGCGGUACCUGGGGGCUGAGGCUGCACGCGCCCAGGGUGACCUGUUUGCAGCAGGCAUGUCAGAAGAGGAGGCAGCUCAGGCCCCCAGAACCAGUUUGUGGGAGCAGGACCAGCAGAACGUGCUGCAGCGCGUGGCGGCCCUGCCCCUGGUCAGGGCCACGUGCACCGCAGUCUCCGAUGCUUACAGUGCCACCAAGGACAAACACCCGCUGCUGGGCUCUGCCUGUCGCCUGGCCGAGCGCUGCGUGUGCAGCCUGACCACCCAUGCCCUGGACCACGCCCAGCCGCUGCUCAGCCACCUGCAGCCCCAGCUGGCUACAGUGAACAGUCUAGCCUGCAUGGGCCUGGACAAGCUGGAGGAGAAGCUGCCCUUUCUCCAGCAACCUUCGGAGACGGUGGUGACCUCAGCCAAGGACGCAGUGGCCAGUGGUGUGACAGGCGUGGUGGGCCUGGCGCGGCAGGGCCGCCGCUGGAGUGUGGAGCUGAAACAAUCUAUGAGCCAUGCAGUGGACGUCGUGCUGGGCAAGUCGGAGGAGCUGGUGGACCACUUCCUGCCCAUGACUGAGGAAGAGCUCGCGGCACUGGCGGCGGAGGCGGAGGGCCCGGAAGUGGGCUCGGUGGAAGAGCAGAGGCGACAUCAGGGCUACUUUGUGCGCUUGGGCUCCCUGUCUGCGCGGCUCCGCCACCUGGCAUAUGAGCACUCUCUGGGGAAACUGAGGCAGAGGAAACAUGAUGCCCAGGACACGCUGGCCCAGCUGCAGGAGACUCUGGAGCUGAUCGACCGCAUGCAGUGUGGGGUGACCCCAAUCACCCCAGCCCGCCCUGGGAAGGUGCAUGAGCUGUGGGAGGACUGGAGCCAGUGCUCCCCGGAGAACGGCCGCCGCCGCCGCCGCAGCCAGGCGGAGCUGGAGACCUUGGUGCUGUCCCGCAGUCUGAUGCGGGAGCUGCAGAGCACCGUGGACGUACUGGAGACCAGCGUGCAGGGCCUGCCUCCCAACGCCCAGGAGAAGGUGGCCGAGGUGCGGCGCAGCGUGGACGCCCUGCAGGUCGCCUUCGCCGACGCCCGCUGCUUCGGGGACGUGCCGGCGGCCGUGCUGGCCGAGGGCCGGGGCAGCAUGGCCCGGGCCCACGCCUGUGUGGACGAGCUGCUGGAGCUGGUGGUGCAGGCCGUGCCACUGCCCUGGCUGGUCGGGCCCUUCGCGCCCAUCCUGGUGGAGCGGUCAGGGCCCCCGCCCGACCUGGAGGCCCUGGUGGACGAGGUCGUGGGGGGGCCCGACCCACGCUGGGCACACCUGGAUUGGCCAGCCCAGCAGAGAGCCUGGGAAGCUCAGCAUGGGGACGGGACAGGCCUCCCAGGGAAAAUUCCCGAGGAGGAGCCUGAGCCCCUCAACCACCCCAAGCACACUCUGAUGCCAGAGCUGGACUUCUGACCUGUUGGGGACCGUGGGGCAGCAGAGGCAGCGGGAGGCCGUCUUGCACCAGGCUAUCUCUGCUGCCCCCUAGUGGUCAUGCCCCAGCACUACUAGCCGAUGCCUUGGCCUUGGCCGGGGAAUAGAGCUGGGUGGGGAUUAGGGGCUGAAUUCUGAAUCUAGACCAGCUUCAUUGAUAUCAGACCAUUCCCAGUCUUCCCCUUGAACACGUGAGGACUUUAACCUAACUCAGGUCUGACUAGCCCCAAGCUGGGUUCAUGGCCUGUGGUCCCAAUUGUCCCACCCCAAGCAGCUGAUCAAAACUCCCCAGAAAAGCAUACGUUUUGCCCAAGUAGAAGCACAAGCUUCUAUCUGGGGCUUUGAAAAGUGAGCAUCUCUCUCCUCCUCUUGUCCAUCCUGGACUGGGGUCCCCAGAGAUAUCUGGCUGCUACAGCUGGACCCGCCACACCCACUUGCUUUGCUGGUUGGUGUCUACUCUCCAGAAUAAAGGUGAUUGAUGUUGUCCAAA